UAGACUCGAACACAACAUAUGCGACUAGAGAGCGUUCGUAUUACUAUAUUUUGAUUUGAAUUUUUGUUUAAGAUAAAGACGCUUUGCCAUAGACAUGCCACAGCCACAACCAACAGAAGUAUUCCAGUCACAAUUACCCCCAGAGUAUCAGCAGGUGCAGCGGGAGCUGCCCUUUGACCAGCGCAACUGGUUGGCCAUAGUAAAUGGUCAGCAGAACGAGGAGCGCGCAGUAGAUGCGCACAUCGCAUACGCGUGACGGAGCGCAACAGGCGGCUCCAGCAGGUGCGGGAGACUCUGUCCGAUGCCAUGCCCUGGUCCGAUGCCCACUUUCUGACCACAAAUGUGCGCAGCAAACAGCCGCACGAGUGCAACUCCGAUGCAGACUGGCAGCAGAUGCUGCAGCGCAAUCUGGGCGCCAUGGUGCGCGUGACAGUGGGUCCGGCCACCUUCUGGUGCAUUGGUGCCCUGCUGAGUCGCCACAGCAACUACUUCAGACGGCAGCCGAUACUGCAGGUGUACAGCCUGCCGGAGUUGACACCGUUGGGCUUUCGGGCAGCGUAUGACUGGAUGCGGCUGCAGCAGCCGCUCGAUGCCAGCUCGCAGAUCGCAGGGCACAAUGAGCCGGAGCGGAUUGAGGAUCUGCUGUACUCAGCACAGCAUUUGAAUAUAUUCGAGCUGGAGAUGCUGUGCCAUCGCCGGCUGGGCUCGAACGACUUCCAGGAGCGCCGGGCGCUGCAGGUGUACAGCCGUGUCCAAAAAUACGGCAGCUCGGCCAUGGGCAAUCUCUGCAGGUCGAUGCUGCAGCAUGUGGGCAAGUACUUCCUGACGCUCGUGGGCAGCCUGGAGUACGCGAGAAUGCCGCUGGAGGAUGUGUGCGUGCUGCUGCAGCAGGACAACAUUGGUGUCAACACCGAACUCGAAGUGUUCUACGCUGCCCUGCGCUGGAUGUGCAUCUCUCCGCAGCAGCGCGUAUCCACGCUGCCCCGCCUGAUGGAGUGCGUGCGCUUCACGCGCAUGCCCCUAGGCCGGCUUUUGGAAAUUUGGUUCUGCUUGCUGAAGCCACGUCGAAGAUUGCCCCACGGCCUAAACUUGGUCAGCGAUCCCAUUAUCUUCCGGGCCAUCGGCUACUGCCCUGGACUGUACGAUCGAGUACAAAGGGACUUAAGCGUCAUCAAUCAAUGGCCGCAGUUCGAAAAUCGCUUGAUGCCAAGUUCCCUUGAUCCCCGACUGGAGAAUGUGCGCGAGUGGCUCUACGACGAGAGCGGCCCUACCACAUACAGAGUCCCAAUUCGCACAACCGAAUGAAUGCGUCCUUCAGGGAUUUCGUCAAUUUUGCAAUCUCGCUGGCCCGCAAGGAUCGCGAACUGCUGCACGCCCAGGAGCAGGAGAUGACCAAGCUCUGGGAGCCGCUGUAGGAUCCGCAACCCAGGGUGGCGGAUACGACGACGUUCAGCGCUGCAGCCGACUGCCUGCGGGACCUGAUGGAUGAGGUUUGCGAUGCCAGCGAUACGAGCGAUACCGAUGACACAGAUAGCACAUAUGAAUCAAAUGACUCAUCGAUCUUUAGUCGGAGAUUAAUGGACAAUCGGUAUUUGUCGCCAAGCCACUCGACGUUGCCAAGCGGCCACAGCAGCGCCACCAAUUAUGCCAGCUCUUGGCAGGCAGCGUCCGCCUGGGUGCGCGACGUGCAGGCAGCUCUCCGCAGAGGCGGUUCGACAAACGUUUCGGUGGAUCAGCUGUACGAAUCUACGGUAAACAAUGAGUUGCAAGCCUUUCUGCGCAAAAACAAAUGCACAAGAGUCGACUGUGCCAAGUGGCGCAAGAAGAACGGCUACGCAUCGGACCCCAAUGAUGCACAAUUGAAGGCAUUGUGUCAGUUCAAACAUGACAUGGGCAAUCACACACUGCUGGUGCCCUUCUUUCAGCUAUACACAGAGAUAUGUCAAAUUAUGGAGGAACCCUUGCCAUGUCCGCUGGAGGAUCCACCAGUACAGCCGCUGACGGCACAACUACAACAAACCGACUCCAACUACAACUGCCGAGCUCCAAGCCGCCAUCGGAAUUGACUUCCAGG